UUCAGUUCAAUAUUGGUUGUUGGUUGAAGUGUCAGAAAUUCUAGCGUUUUACGUCAAAAUUUUAAAUUUGUUUCUUUAUCUUUGCGAUUUUUUAAGUUUUAUCAAUGCCUAAAGCAAAGGAGAGGCUUCGCAGCCUGUUUCGUAGGAACAAAAGGCGCAAUCGUCCUACCACAUAUCCCAAGGGUGAGGAUACAAAAGAAGAGCAAGAGCCAGCUAGUCAGGAAGAGCCUCCAGAAGCCAGUAAGAAGGAUGAAAUGGAGAUUAUGCCGAAUCCUCCGGGGGAGGGCGAAAUGCCCUCCUACUUCCACGUCGGCGCCUUGGCAAAGGAGCUUCUGAUCACCGGUUUCAAAAUCGGAGCCUGGAAAAUGGAGUGCACCACGAGGACGGACACGGACUUAUACCUGAGCACCUUCGGCGAGGGAUAUCCCACCAUGGAUUCCGUCUUUGGGGGAAUGGAGGUGUUCAAGGAAAUUGACAAAUACCACACAUCCCUUGGUUGGUUCACCAACAAUGAAGUUUUAUCGGAAAUCGGAGUGCAUGGAACGAACUUUGAAAGUCGGUGGUACGGGCUUCUUAAGUCGACAAUUGGCACGAAAGACGGAGUAACUUUUAAAACCAAGCUGAAGUGUGGCUUUGAGCGCAACCCUGUGAAAGUGGAACUGGUGUUGCCCCUGUACAAGGAACCCCUUUUAUUGGGCUACGUCGUUGUUACGCCAGUCGACCAUUGGCUGCUGGGAUAUCGGGCAGCUUACAACCUGGAUGAUAAAGGAUUCGAUAAGCACGCCCUUUGCCUGGGCUAUAACAAUGACAGGACCGAAGUGGGCCUGAAACUCGAGAAUUUCCAGGACCUGCGAGGCUCGAUCUUUCAGCGGAUUGGCGAAAGCUGGGCCUUUGCUUUAAAGUCGAACCUCUAUAGUUCCGAAAAUGUCAAACAGUUUGCGUUUGGCAUUCAGUACGACUUCCAUAAUGGAACGUUAUUAAAGGCCAAGGUGCGCGAGGACUCAAGAACAGGGUUUGUCUAUCAAACCAAAAUCGGCGAAAACAUUGAUGUCAUGUAUCACCUGGCUUUUGAUGGCGUAGAUCCUGUUGGUGGAGCUCAUAGGAUAGGUGUUUCCUGGGACUUUCACUGCUAGAACAAACUACUAAAAGGCUUAUACCGAACCCUGACUUUGUUAGUCCACCUAACUAUCUAUAAUGAAGGAUAUUAGUAUACAUAUUUACAUUUAAA